UGUGGGUAUGGAUUUGUGCAUGACUGGGCCUUUAAAUGGAGUUCACAGCUGAUUCCUGCCUCAUGUCUGGUGCUGCCAGGCUUGGCUCUAGUCUAUCCGUGACUGUGAGCUGGGGUAAGAACUGUAUAGAAGCCAAGAAAUACUGCUGGUAUUUUGAAGGGGGAUAUCCUACAUAUUUUAUAUGCCGCUCAUACGAAGACUGUUGUGGUACAAGAUGCUGUGUAAGGGCGCUCUCUAUACAAAGGCUCUGGUAUUUCUGGUUGCUUCUCAUGAUGGGUGUGCUCUUUUGUUGUGGGGCUGGCUUUUUCAUCAGAAGGAGGAUGUACCCCUCACCGCUAACGGAUGAGCCUUCAUUCAAUGUUUCAUUCACCAGGCAGCCUAUCAACACCACACCAAGUUCUCAGCAGCCAGGCAUGCAGCCCUACGGCGGCCCAGGAGGAUCGGUCAACCCAAUCGCGCCAGCUUUCCAGGUGCAGCCCAAAUCUCCACAUCUCAAUCCUCCUUACCCACCUCCACCUUCUUACUGCAACCAGCCUCCUCCACCCUACGAGCAAGUGGUGACGUCAUCUGAGAAGUAAAAAACUGGGACCUGCAUUGGCUGGGCAACAUCUUUCUGUGUUUUGUUUUUAAUGAUCGUAUGAUAUAUGGUGCAGCCUGUUCUUAACCAGGGAGAAUGUUUAAAAAAAAUAAAAAAAAUAAAUUUAAAAAAUCCAGGCGGAUUGCCUGGAGUCACCCAAGUGAACGACUUGAACCUGGCUGUGCAAUGUGGACGAAAUCUACUCAAAUGGUGUGGGAGGUCAGCGUUGGAGAGGCUUCUUUUCUAAUACAUUUAGAGUUUUCUUGUGCGGUGUGUUUCCUAGAUGUUGGAUUAAUGCUGUUUAGGACUUAUAUAUGGGACAAGGGGUUACAUUGUUAUUUUUCCAAUUUAUCUUGUUGUUCAUUUUUUCCUUAAUAUAUUAUACAUGUACAGUUAUUCUGGUGGGAAAAUUGAAGCUGCAAAUUUAACAUCAAGUGCCUGGCGAGCAGAGUGCAAGAGACAGAAGCUAGUAGUCGACAGCGGAGCCGAGACCAUCAUGUAAUGCGGCUGAAAGUGCACUGUGGGUCGUGUGUGUGAUAUGAUGAGGAAGAAUUGAGGAGUUCACUGGAAACUGUGUAGCUUGACAGAUGCUGCAGUUCCCAUGUGAGGGACCAGAAAGCCCCUUGGCAGUUCUGUGCAUCCUCUGACGUGUGGCCAAGACACACUAAGACACCCAUGGAUUUCUUUUUUGUUUCAGUUUAAUCACACCUGUAGGACACGACGGUCAUUUUGAGGCCUGAAUUUCUUACAGGUGUUGAGUUAUGAGACGAUUCCAGAGGUUUACGUCCACUUAUCGCCAAUGCCAAUAGAGCGUAUUUACGAGCACAAGCAAUAUUAGGAAGACUUUGAGGAACACAGAAAAUGACUGUCAUUUAAGAUGUUUCAUCUCCUGUUGACUCCUUUGUUUCCAAGUGUUCCUUUAUCUAUUUUUGGAACGUUGAAGCACAACUCAUUAACUAGACCAUCUUAACAUUCUGAGAGGUACCCGGGACUGUCGAAACUGCUCUGACACAGUUCAUGUACAUAUUGCAGUUCUACACUCUGCCAAACUCACCGUUUCUGGUUUUCAUUCCAGCUGAACAAAUUAUUCAUAUCAUUUCGGAUUUCAUUUCUGUUCUUAUCUUGUCCAGGAAAGCUUGGCUUAAAUUUAAAUAGUUAAGGGAUUGCAGUACAUUGUAGCACCUCAGAGGUUUCUAAUCUAGCUUUAUAAAUGGUUUGCUCUGGAAUAUUUAGUGACAGUGAAUCCUGCUAAGGCUGGGGUCACUCUUGAUCUCGUUGCCUUGAGGAUGCCAUAUCACAUGACUACAUUUAACAGAGGAUAAUGCCAGACUACACGACUCCCUUACCACUUGUCAGCAAGUUUCUUAUGUCCUGCUGCAUCACAGAAGCAUCGCUAGGUUGGUAGCUGAUCAACGUGGAGCAUCUCUGUGGCAUGACAAAGGUGAGAUGUCAAAUAGCUGGUUGUACCGACUCCAAAGUUCCAUGAACCACUCCUCUGCGUUCUUAACGUCUGCAGCUUUCAUAAGCUGAUGGCUUUCUCUUAAUGUCUGCUCACAUGUUUACUCAUUACAAUGGCAAUCAAAUAUUUGCCACACAUCCCUCAACUCCAUCCUAUGUUGAGGUCCAUCCCUGCCCAGGGUGUCCUGCGUUGACUGAGUGAGCCAAUGAUGGACGUGGGCCUAAACAAGCAAGGAGUCGUUUGGCUAGAAAUUGGAGCAGUUUGAUCCGUAUCCAAAAAAUGGAAUAAGUUGUUAAAAGUUAGUGUCUUUUACCUCAUGUCUAACUUCAAUUAAUAAUUGUUUACUUAAUAAUUAUUUAAUAUUUCUUUAGUCACUAGUUUGAAAGGGAGUAAAGCAUGCUUGGCAUGGAACCAGUUUCAUGUCUUCAGACAUACUUAAUCCUACAAUAAAAGUUACUUUUCAGAUACAGGUAUGUGUGUGAAUACGAAACAAGGUUGAUGUGUCACUGGGGAAAGCUGAUUAAAUUUACAAACCAUUUGGGUUGUGAUUAAUGAGAAAACAUUUUGAUCAGAAUUAAUCAAGCCUUAGAUUUUGUUCUAUCAUACAAACCAUAAGUUUCCUAAAAAGCAAAGCAGAUAUUGCUUAUUAUAAUAAUCCAGCUGCUUCUUGUGAAAUAAAGAAAUGGCAAAUAAGAAUGCAAAUUCUGUUAAAAAGCUCACCUGGAAUGAAAACCGCUAACUGGCAAUGGGGUUGGGGGGGGUUUGGGGGAGGCAAUGGCGUAGCGGGUUUUGUUGCAGCGUCAUUUGAUAAUUUCUUUGUGGUGUGCCCCUUCUUACAAAGCAUACCAGAUUAUGGGAUGGUAAUUUGGAAUUUGGGUUUUUAAUCAUUUUAGGUCUCCCAGGAGGGACUUUAUUCUUUCGAUUCCUUAAUUAGUUUUUUUUUUUCCUUUGUUCAUUCUGAGCGGAUUGGUUUUACAUAGAAUUUUUGUGAAGCUGUGCUUGUUUACCAUUAUGACCAAAAUGCGUUAAAAAAAAUUAAAUAACAAUAAUCCUUUCACUCUGUGGAAGAUCAUUCCAUUUUUAGAACUGUUUUUAAGAAUUGUAAAUACUGCUAGCUGUAGUAUUAAUAAGCCAUUAAAGAAUUUCCUUCCAUA